UAUAUAAAUGUUGUUAGCGGGUAAACGAAUAAUUCAAUCUUUUGGUUCGUGUCAAAAAUUACGAAAAUGUCAUACUGAAAAACAUAGAUCAUUCACAAUAUGUGUCUUACACGUGAGAAGAUGAAAAGGCUUUUUAUUGUUAUUCUUUUUUUAUUGUGCAAGGAAAAUAUUUGUUCUAUGCACAUAAGCCACAAAUUUAUUUAUUGGCUUGGUCCAUCUUAACUCAACAUCCAUAAAAAGAAAAUGUUUGUUAACGAAGUAAAUGAUAUAAAAAUCUACAAUUUAAGUGCGGGAAAAUCGGUACCGGAAUGGCUUACAGAUCGUCGCAAGCGUGCUCAGUUGAAGAAGAAGGUUGACUCUCGCCGGCAAAUUGAACUCAUUCAAGAUUUCGAUAUGCCCGGUGUUUGCACUUCGAUACGCAUGAGUCCUGACCAACAAUUUAUAUUGGCAACCGGCACAUAUAAACCGCGCCUCAAAUGCUUUGAAGUGCGUAAUUUGUCUAUUAAGUUUGAGCGUUGUUUUGAUUCCGAAGUCACCACGUUUGAGGUCAUUAGUGAUGAUUAUAGUAAAUUAAUAUUUUUGCAAUGUGAUCGUUAUUUGGAAAUUCAUUCAGCUGCUGGCCGGCAUUAUCGUGUGCGUAUACCUCGAUUUGGCCGUGACAUGAAAUAUCAUAAGCCUUCUUGUGAUUUAUUCAUAGUUGGCACUACUAAGGAAAUUUAUCGUCUAAAUUUGGAACGUGGGCAAUUUCUGCAGUCUUAUGAAAGCGAAGCUUCUACCUUGAAUGCUUGUGAUGCUAGUACAGAACACGGUCUGUUAGUUGUUGGUUCUAAAGAAGGCACAGUAGAAGCCUGGGAUCCGCGUUGCAGAACACGUUGUGCCAUUUUAGAUGUGGCCAUUAAAUUACCCGACGCUAAAGCAUUUCCUUCAAUAUCAACAUUAAAAUUUAAAAAUGGUCUCAAUAUGGGUGUGGGCACACAAUCUGGUCAUGUUCUUUUAUAUGAUAUACGUUCUAAAGAACCUCUUUUAAUAAAAGAUCAUCUCAACAAGUUGCCUAUAAAACGUUUAGCCUUCAAUGACAAUCAUAAUGCCGUGUAUUCUUUAGACGAUGCUAUGCUUAAAUUAUGGGAUGAAAGCACAGGCAAACAAAUAGCUUAUAUUGAAGCGUGUACAACAUUUAACGAUUUCUGUACAAUACCAGGAACAGGUUUACUAUUUCUGGCGCAAGAAGAUGUUAAAAUGUUAACUUAUUAUGUGCCCGCUAUGGGUAUGGCGCCAAAGUGGUGUUCAUUCUUAGAUAAUUUGACAGAGGAAAUUGAAUCCGAAGUUGUGGAACAUGUAUACGAUGAUUAUCAGUUUAUUACACAAAAGGAACUAGAGGAGCUGGGCUUAGAACAUCUAAUCGGCAGUAAUUUACUGAAGGCCUAUAUGCACGGUUAUUUUAUCGAUGUGCGUUUGUACAAUAAGGCCAAAGCGAUUGUGGAUCCAUUUGCUUUUGAGCGAUUCCGUAAGGAAAAGGUGCGGCAGGAAAUUGAAAAUGAACGGAAACCGCGUCUUCAAUUGGCCGGUAAACUGCCAAAUGUUAAUCAAGAAUUGGCUUUGAAAAUUAUUGAAGAACAAAGCAAUCCCUCAUCUUCGAAACUGCGGGAUAACAAACAAUUGCCUAAUUUAUUGGAAGAUAAUCGUUUCAAAGUAAUGUUUGAAAAUUCGGAUUACACUAUCGAUAAAAACGCUGAAGAAUAUAAGAUGUUAGCGCCAGUUCUGAAUCGUUUAGAGAAAUCGAAAUUGAAAGAAAUUAAAAAGCGCAUUGAAAUCAAUCGUGUCGCAGAAUUACAAGAGGAAGAGAAUGAACAACACGAAGAAAUUAACAAUGACGAAGAUCUCUUCGGAUUGGAUAACGACAAAGAUGAGAGCGAAAGCGAAACAGCGUCCUCAGAUGAUGAAUUCAAUAAGGAAUUUACAAAAGAAAUGAAAAAAGUAUAUAAAGACGUGAAAAAGCAGAAGCAGCAAGAGCAAGAAGAAGAGGAAUUAGAACAACAUUUGAAUGGAUCGGAAGAACAAAAAAAUUCUGAUAUAAAAAGAAGAAAAGAACUUAAGAUGAUAUCUUUGCAAAGUGCAACGGAAAUGAAUUAUAUUGAUCGAGCUAUGAUGAAAGCACCUCUACAAGAUCGCAUUUUAAAAGAGGAAGCAAAAAAUGCGCAAAUUCAGUUGGUCGGCCGUUCAUUGGGUAAUCGUCAAAUGAAUUUUGAUAUGCGUAAGCCGUUAAGUAAAGUCAUGAAAAAACGCGAGCAACAAAUGAAAGUACAUCGUGAAGAAAGGAAAAAAUUGAUAAGACCGAUUAAAUCGUUGAAAUUGAAAAAAGUCAAUUACAAAUGAGUGC